AUGGGAAAACCACAGGUCUUACUACUGGGGAAGAUUGAUCAUGCCCAUUCCACCUGGAACGCCCUCAGCGAGGUCGCCGACCUGAUCGAACCAAAGUCCACGAACCGCGCCGACUUCAUCAAGGAAUGCCAAUCCGGCGCGCUGGACAACGUCCUCGUCGCCUACCGUACCUUCGGCUCGGUCGAGAUAACCGGUGUUUGGGAUGAAGAAUUGAUCUCCGCCCUCCCCAAAUCCCUCCGCUUCUGCACUCACAACGGCGCCGGCUACGACCAAGUCGACGUGCACGCCUGCUCCGCCCGGAAACCUCCCAUCCGCGUCAGCAAUGUCCCUACGGCGGUCGACGACGCCACGGCCGACACGGCUGUCUUCCUGAUCAUCGGUGCGUUGAGGGGCUUCAACACGAGUAUGUUGGCCGCGAGGGAGGGCAAGUGGAGGGGAGCGCCGGCGCCGCCUUUGGGUCAUGAUCCGGAGGGGAAGGUCUUGGGCGUGUUGGGGAUGGGGGGCAUUGGGAGGAAUAUGAAGAAGAAGACGGAUGCGUUGGGCAUGAAAUGCAUCUACCACAACCGACGACCCUUGAGCGAUGAACUCUCCGGCGGAGCGAAAUACGUCUCCUUCGACGAACUCCUCGCACAAUCAGACGUGCUAAGUCUGAACCUGCCCCUCAACAAAAACACCCACCACAUCAUCUCCACCGCCGAAUUCGCCAAAAUGAAAAAGGGCGUCGUGAUAGUCAACACCGCACGAGGAGCCGUCAUGGACGAAGACGCCCUUGUCAAAGCCCUCGAAAGCGGACAGGUCUUUUCGUGCGGCUUGGACGUCUACGAGGAAGAACCCAAGAUUCACCCGGGUCUUGUGGCGAAUCCUCAUGUUAUGCUUUUGCCGCAUAUGGGGACGUGGACUGUCGAGACGCAGACGGCGAUGGAGGAGUGGUGUAUUGGGAAUGUGAGGGCGGCGGUGGAGACGGGCGAGUUGAAGAGUCCUGUGCCGGAGCAGGAGGGGUUGGAGGGUUAG